AUGGAUAUGACGGACCCAAAGAAGAAAUACCCCUCCUCACUCAACAGGGCGAACGAAGUGUUUGGUGUCGGUCUUAUUGGAGUGUACGACUUUGGCGCUAUGUCACCGUUCACAAUGAUCGACACAACGGUUGUCAUCUUCACUGUCGUGACAACAAUGAUCGCGUUCGCCACCUCACUUAUAGUCCGGUCAUUGUACAUAGCUAUGUCCAGAUGCGUGGAGAUCAAGAACACAGUCACCCACCACUAUAUGUUGUUCGUUAUGGUACCGUUGAGCGUCGAAUUUAUGGAGAUACACAAGAUGUAUAUAAUCUACGUGUAUUUGAAUUUGACUGUGGCUCUAGUGCCGGGAUUGGUGCCAAUAAACAAGUUAAAUGGAUUAAUAAUCGGCCAUAAGCUUAGCACGUUUUAUUUAGGAGGGUUCAAGGUUCUAAUUGUCAUGUGGGUGUACGGUGUAAAGAAAUUUUCGACAGACAUACAAUUCUUGUUGGGCUUCAAACCCACUGUCUAUUGGAGGACGGUCUGGAUGUUAUUACCAGUAGUGUUGGCAUGUAUACUUAAAGCGAGACAGUUCUUCAGUCUAGCACCCGUAUUUCAAGAUGAAACUCCGUUUGAAGUUUUAAAUUCGAGAGCUGCCAACAGUGAAUUAUUUUCUCGCAAUUUGAAGAUAUUUGUUAUCAAUAAAAUUAAUGAAUUACGACUGCUUAAUGACUUGCAGCAACAGAUAUUCGCUAUUGUGUGGGUGGCGUUUUCAUUUAUUGUUGUUGCGAUAUUUCAAAUAAAGACAAUUGCGAGGUAUAUUUUACACAAUAAUCUAAUGGGAAUAUUUAGGAGUUGUUCCAAAUAUGGUCCUCUUGAUCCGGACGACCGAAAACGUAGGAAACAUUUCGACGACACCGUCCUAAAUAGGCAAUGUCACCACAACUGUAUAGUUAUAUCUGAAAACAUCGAAUGUAAUCACAUGCCGUUAAUCUUCAAACACCAGUCACGAACUUCAGAGAGUGAUAGGAAUUCGCUCACGGAUUUAUUCCACGACCCCAGCGGAACCAAGAAGCGGGUCUCGAGUGUGGUUGAUGCUACAUACAAUUAUAAUUAA